GGGUAGGCCAAGUCCUUGACUGGGCAUGGGGAUGCGUGUGCAUACACCUACAUCGACACUACUAUGUUGCGUUUGCCAUGCAGCAAUCAUUGGCGCAGGUUGCGCCAUUGUUGCGUGCGGCGUGGUAGAGCCAUCGUUGCUGUGGGUUUAAGCUCAUGAAAACACCUUAAAUGCGGCCAUGAUCCUCCUACGUAGGGAGGUAUGUGAGUGGGUAGUCCGAAGAGACGGAUUCCUUGCUUCGGGUGUAGGUAACCGGAUAGUCGGAAGAGCACUGCCUUUGUCAACAGAUCAUCCGCCGGCUUGAGCUGCUCUAUUGAGACCCCAAGCCACCCUCUUCGACGCCAAUGAAGCUAUCGGUCCUCUCACUGGCCACCGCGGCGGCGGUCGUCAAUGCAGCAUACUCAGGGGACAUUGUUUACUAUUGGGUGGACCAGUCCGCGAGCUUCGUCAACGGCACUAUCAUUGGAGGACUGCAGUCGCCUCCUUCUGCGUGGGCCCAGGCCAUCGUGCAAGCAGCAGUGUACAAGGCUGCGGUCGAGUCGAGACAGGAAAGCCUCGAGUUUCAACAGCUAGCUGUCUCUCACGCCGCCCACAAUUCACUUCUCUGGGUAUUCCACGGAAGCCGGCUAUACAACGCCGUGGAUGCCGCCUUGCGGGCUGUCAUCCCGGCCAUCGGACUGGACCCGGGCUCAACCAAAGGCAAGAAGGCGGCCAGAGUCGGCCAGGAGGCAGCCGCGAAGGUCGCCAGUGCCCGCGCCGAUGACAAGCUUACAAACUUCGUCGACUUCACUUACGGUCCCCGCGAACCCGGCGUCUAUCAGCAGACGCCGGGCUCUAACCCUCUUCCCGACACUCCGCAGGCGAGGUUCGUGGCCCCGUUCGCGGGCCUGGGUGACAUCUCCCGCUUCAGGGCUCCUCCGCCACCGAAGACCAACUCCAAGGAAUACGAGGCCGACGCGCUGUACGUCAAGGAACAGGGUUCACUCAACUCGACCGUCAGAAGCGCCUAUGACACCGACACGGCCUACUUCUGGCGCGAGUCCUCCAUUACCGCGUGGAACCGUUUCGCGGGCGCUAUCAUCGGCGAGAAGUACGCCACCAAACCCGUCGACUCAGCCAAGUUCUACGCCCAGCUCAACUACGCCCUUGCCAACGCAGGCUUCGCCUCGUGGGACACCAAAUACGCCUAUCAAGGCUGGCGCCCGGUCACGGCCAUCCAGUACCCGGGGAUCUGGGUCGCCUCAGGGCGCGAUAUCUCCGACCCGAGCUGGACGCCCUUGCUGCGCCCGACGCCGAGCCAUCCGGACUACGUGUCGACCCACGCCACCUUCGGCGGGGCGGCGUCGGCCGUGUUGCGGAGCGCGUGGAACGGCGGCCGCGACGGCAUCAAUGCCACGGUCCUGAGCAGCAACGUGACGAUUGACGGCAGGGGGGUCAUUUCGAGGACGUUCACUAGCUUGAGAGCGGCGGCGGAGGAGAAUGCGAGGAGUCGUGUCUUUGGAGGGAUCCACUUCUCUUUUGCUGGGAGGGAGGGUAUUGCGUUGGGUGAAAGGGUUGCGAAGGAGACGCUGGACAAGUUUGACGAGAAUUGGGAGAAGUUUUGAGCUCCGCGCAGUUGGCUGGUUUGGGUUUGUACUAGUGCUGGACCAAACGCAGCGCGCUGUGGAUGAAGCCACUGUCUCGGUUAUGAUAGUUUGAGACGGAGUAAUCUUCGGUGGCAGGAGGUUCUGAUAUUGACCGACUUGGCUCUAUUGACGCCAGUCCGUGCCUGCUGGAUCUCUGUUGCGAUGUUCUUACAACGGAGGAUUUCCGGUGUCGUUGGGGUUCCGUUAUGAGCCCUGACGGUGUCGUUUGCUGCGGGUACAUAGUAGUAACUGAACCAAAGGCAUUGAUUGUUCACGUAGAACGAUAAGUCAGUAAUAAACUUCGUAUUACUC